AUGUUCCCAGCUGUGGAGGAGGCCGAGAGGACGGUGUUUGUGGGGAAUUUAGAGGCCCGCGUGCGGGAAGAGAUCCUUUACGAACUGUUCCUUCAGGCUGGGCCAUUAACCAAAGUGACCAUAUGCAAAGACAGAGAAGGCAAACCGAAGUCUUUUGGAUUUGUCUGCUUUAAACAUCCAGAAUCGGUGUCUUAUGCCAUAGCUUUGCUGAAUGGAAUUCGUUUAUAUGGAAGACCAAUCCAUGUGCAGUAUCGAUUUGGGAGUUCCCGCCCUUCUGAACCAGCUAACCAAAGUUUUGAGAGCUGUGUUAAGAUAAAUUCACACAGCUACAGAAAUGAAGAAGUCAUGGGUAGAGCUUCCUUUCCCAUGCAGUUUUUUCCAACUACUAAUGCAGCUUUACCUCAAGAAUAUUUUUUCUUUCCAAAGAUGCAGUGGCAUGCAUAUAAUCCAGUGCUACAGCUUCCUUACUGUGAGAUGACAGCACCACUUCCUAACAGCACAUCUGUGCCUUCACUAAAUCAUGUUCCAAAUCUAGAGGCUGGACCAAGCUCUUAUGAAUGGACUCACCAACAACCACGUGACUCUGACCUUUACCAGAUGAAUAAGCGAAAGCGGCACAAACAAACAAGUGAUAGUGAUAGUAGCACAGAAAACAAUAGAGGCGAAUAUAGGCAAAAGUUCCAAAAGUGUAAGAAGAAGAAAAGACACUAGUAUUACCUUCAAAUGAAUUUAUCUACCCUUGUCUUAAUACUAUCAAAAGAUAAAAAAAAACCCUGUAUUCUACUAAAUAACCAAUUUAAUGGUUUUCUUGUCUUUUCAAAAUAUACAAUAAUAUGACAUCUGAUUUGCUAUUGAAGUUUUGUUUUGAAUGACAAAAACUUAAAAAUAAUAUAAUGGACUACUUUUUGUUUUUGUAAUGGUAUUGUUGACACAGUGGUCAACAAGAUAUAUAUUUUGAGUGAUAUAUUUUAGUACUGAUGAUGAAAUUGCACAAAACUGUCAAUCAGAAGUCAUUUACUGAACACAUGGAUAAGGCACCAUGCCUUCCUAAAUCCUCGCUUAUAUGGAGUGGUAGAUUUUCCAAGGGAAACUAGUGCAAAUAUUUAAGAGUUACAUGUAGUUCCUAACAUAAGAGGAAUAAGCAGGCUUUAGUUUCCUUUGUUAGUAACAUUGUUUAUUCCUCCAUAUGUUAUUUCUGAGCCUUCUGUUCCUACAGGUUUAUUUCAUAAAAUGAUGAUACAUGACAGUGAUACCCAAGGAAAGAUGAUUACUAUUGAGCUAGUUUUAGUGUCAUUCCCUUUUUAUACAAUUGAAUAUAAAUAUGAAUAUGCAUCUUCACACUCAUUGUAUUUCACGAAAAUUAGUUGGCUAUGUCAGAAUUUAUUAUCAACUUUUAUCAACUGAGUUUGAGAGGAUAUAUUUGACAUGAAGUAACUCUUGAUAAUGAAUAAAUAGAAUAUUUCAUUAAUGUAUAAUUAAUAUUGAUUGUCAAAUCAAGUUUCCUGUUUCUGGUUCAUUUAUUUUUGGAAGAUAAAUAGAUUACAUGUAAAAUUAAUGGUAUUUAGCUCACCAUAGACUGAAAUAAUGACAAUAUGUAUUGACUAAAGCCAGUUGAAAGAAUCAUUGGGAGGACCCCACCCAGUUUGUAGGACAGGCCAUGCUUAGGUAUUUCUUUUGCAUGUUGCAUAGCACUUUAUAGAUCUUUAUUAUGUAAAAUAAUAAAGAUGUUUUUAGAAAAGUGAGUAACUGAAUGUAACUUUUGGUUAUAAAUAUACAUUGCAGAGUAUUAGCCCAGUUUUACAGGUAGACAUUAGUCUUCCCAUCUGAUCAACAUGAAAAACUAAAUUCCAGUUGAUGUAGCUUGACCUGUAUACUUUCACGUUCCUAACUAUUCAAACUAAAAAAGAUGAUACUUUAUUUUUAAAUCACAUUUUUGCAAUUUAGAAUUAUGCCAAAGUCAUGUAAAUAGGAAAAAAAGAAAAAAAAAACACCUUAGCCCUGAAUUAUUUUUCAGUGUGAUUGGCACUAUAAGAAAUAUGUACAUGAGAAAUGUCUCUUAGCAAGUAAAAGUGACAUAUUCAUAAGAUAAGACAAUUAUCUUGAAAUACUGUUAACAAACUAAAAAUCUGAAAACUGCAAGGAAUUCUUGCAUCUUCUUUCGUCACAAGCAGGAAUUACCUCAAUAGCAACUUCAGCAUGUCAGCUGAACAAACCAGAAGGCAAAUUCAUCUGUUUACCUAGUGCCUUUUAUUAAUAUAUAUAAAAUUCUCUUUAAAUGUCAAUAACAUGUACAAUCCUGUGUAAUUUUAAAUUAUCAGU